AUGCCUGGACCUAUCAGAACCGCAUUGAAGGUCGACCUCGACAAACCUCCAAAGGACCAGCCCUAUCUUCAUAACAGAUGGCACCCCGAUGUUCCCUUUUGCGGUACGAUCAAGAAUGGGGAGACUGUCAAGAUUGAAUGUUUGGACUGGACUGGCGGACAAAUCAAGAACAAUGACAGUGCCGAUGAUGUCUUGAACGUCGACCUGACUCAGGUCCACUACCUCUCCGGUCCGUUCGAGAUCGAAACCGCGGAGCCGGGUGAUGUCCUCCUCGUCGAGAUUCAAGACGUACAACCCUUCCAAGAGCACCCGUGGGGAUUCACCGGAGUCUUCCACAAGGACAAUGGCGGCGGGUUCUUGGACGAGAUAUACCCCGAGGCAGCAAAAGCAAUCUGGGAUUUUGAAGGCAUCUUCUGCUCAUCCCGCCACAUCCCUGGGGUCCGUUUCGCCGGUCUCAUCCACCCGGGCAUCUUGGGGUGUGCCCCGUCCCCGGAAAUCCUUACGGAAUGGAACAAACGGGAGGCCGAGCUGAUAUCGACAACUUCCCUCUCUCGCGUCGUUGCGCAACCACCAGAACCACAAAGCGUGCACGCGGGCACGGCCGACGAAGAAACCCGAGCCCGGAUCGGCAAGGAAGGCGCCAGGACGAUCCCAGGUCGCCCUGAACACGGCGGGAACUGCGACAUCAAAAACUUGUCUCGCGGAAGCAAAGUCUACUUGCCCGUCCAUGUCAAGGGGGCCAAGUUCUCGGUUGGAGAUUUACAUUUCUCUCAGGGUGACGGUGAAAUCUCCUUCUGCGGCGCCAUCGAAAUCGCGGGCAUCAUCACAAUCAAAUUCGACGUGAUCAAAGACGGCCAAGCGAAACUCGGCAUGGUCGGCGGAAAAUCUCCCAUCUACAUCCCGGGCCCUGUCCAGCCGCAAUUCGGUCCCGGACGCAUGCUGUACUUUGAGGGGUUCAGCGUCGACGAGCACGGCAAGCAGCAUUAUAUGGACGCGACGGUGGCGUAUCGUCAGUCUUGUCUUCGGGUCAUUGAGUAUUUGAAGAGGUAUGGAUAUAGUGAUUAUCAAAUUUAUUUGAUGCUUAGCUGCAUUCCGAUCGAGGGCCAUGUUGCGGGAAUUGUCGAUAUCCCCAACGCCUGCACAACAAUCGGACUCCCGAUGGACAUUUUCUCCUUCGAUAUCUCUCCGUCCGCGGAACCGAUGAAGAUGGACCUGGGCGCCUGCGCUAUGGCAAGCAAGUAA